GGGUCUGGAGGAGGGAGCCGUCAGUCACGGCCGGACCGCCGCCGCCGUCGUCGCCGUGGUCGAUGUUCCUUCAGGGGAUUCGGCUGGCGCUGGAGGCCUGAGGCGGAGAGGAGUGAUCUGCUUCAAGAUGUUUUCAAAACGAAGAUGGUUAGUGCACGUUGUGUGUACUCUUGUGAGUGUCUACUCUUUUGGAGUUUCAGAUGCACUUGUGGAAAUGUGUGGUUAUAUCCACCCAGAGUCUCCAGUACUACUGCCCUUUGGCUCCAGUUUUACAGCAUUCUGCAUUCUCAAUGAACAUUGUCCAUUUUACAGCAAAGUACAUGCUAAUCAGAUUAUCUGGAAAACAAAAAAUGUGGUUGUCCCUAAAGAACAGUAUCGUGUAAUAAACCAAACUGUUUCUAGUGUAACAUUCAAUGAUACCUCUGCAUUGGUUUCUCCUCUGACAUGCAACAUCUUAGUAGAAGGAAACAUUGAGCAGAACAUCUAUGGAAUUCAUAUUCACUUGGGCUUUCCUCCAGAGAAGCCUGAGAACUUGAGUUGCAUUGUAAUUCAAACUCAGAAGCGAAGAUUUGUUCAAACGUGUACCUGGGAACCUGGAAGAGAUACAUUCCUUAAAACCAAUUACACCUUAAAAUCUCGAUGGCCAAACAAGACAUUCCCUGACUGUAUACCUAAAGGCACUAAUAAUUCCUGCACCAGUUCUAGUGAUGCUAUUUUCUUUGUCAACCUGUGUGUGUGGGUAGAAGCCCAGAAUGACCUUGGGGAAGCUGAAUCUGACCACAUUGAGUUUGAUCCUGCAAAAUAUGUAAAACCUCUGCCCCACAAUAAUCUAUCUCUCCAACUCGGGGGAGGAGAAUUUUCUACAGUCCUGAAACUAUCAUGGGAAGCCCAGAGUUUAAUGAACCACCACUGCACUGAAUAUAAAAUAAGAUAUAGGACCCCUGACCGCCCAAGUUGGACUGAGCUCUUGAUUUGUUUUGAUCACAACUUUCAAGGUGAAAAACCAGCAGCAGAACCCUCAAAAGGACCAGCUAUUUGGCGGGCGAUUACUACUCACUCUCCAGGAAAUGGGAACUUAGAGCUGAACUGGAAGGAAUUGACUCCUUCGGAAGCCAAUGGAAUAAUUUCGAUGUAUGAAGUAUCUGUCUCAAGAAGGACACCACAUUCUUUGCCAAGUGAAGUAAGCCACUUGAAUACCACAAAGACAAAGCUGAUUUUAAAUGUGCAAAAUGGGACAUAUGAAGUAAAGAUUGCAGCAUACAACAGAGUUGGAAAGUCUCCUACAACAGUCUUACUUAUUCCAGCAACAAACUCAAAAGCUCCUGUGAAAAAUGUUGUUGCAUUUCCGAAAGAUGACAAGCUCUGGGUAAACUGGACAGCACCCAAAGAUCCAGUUAUUAAAUAUAUAAUUAAAUGGUAUGAAGAGUGUGACAGCUUGAACUGCACUACUGAAUGGCAACAAGAACCUGGAACAAAGCAGGGUACAUUUUUAAAAGGAGACAUAAAGCCACGGAAAUGUUACAAGAUAACUGUAUAUCCAUUAUAUGCUAAUGGCCAAGGAGAAGAAAGAGCAACACGAGCAUACCUUCAACAAGAUGUUCCUACUAAUGGACCCACUGUUCGGACUAAGAAAGUUGGAAAAUCUGAAGCAAUUUUAGAGUGGAAACCUCUUUCAGUAGAAGAGCAAAAUGGGUUUAUCAAAUUCUACACAAUAUCUUACAAAACAGUGACUGGUGAUGAAACAGUUGUGAAAGUGAACUCUUCCAAAACCGAGUAUCCGCUGUCUUCCUUGUCAAGUGAUACAUUAUACAUGGUACAGAUGGCAGCGUACACUGAAAAAGGAGGAAGAAGUGGCCCUGCUUUUACAUUUACUACAAAUAAAUUUGGGGAAGGAGAAAUAGAAGCAAUAGUUGUCCCUGUGUGUCUAGCGUCCCUACUGUUUACUCUUUUGGGUGUACUUGUUUGUUUCAGCAAACGAGAUAUCAUCAAAAAACACAUUUGGCCUAAUGUACCUGAUCCUUCAAAGAGUGUAAUUGCUCAGUGGUCACCACAAACACCAUCCAAGCAUUUUAAUUCCAAAGAGCAGAUCUAUCCCGAAGGGGGCUGUACUGAUGUCAGCAUUGUUGAAAUUGAAGCUGACAAGAAAUCUCUUUCUGAGCCUGAUUUGAAGCCAUUUGACAUGCUUAAAAAGGAGAAAAAUGCCUCAGAAGGCCACAGCAGCGGUAUAGGAGGAUCAUCUUGCAUGUCUUCUCCUCGGCAGAGUGUUUCUGACAGUGAUGAAGGGGAACCUACUCAGAACACUUCCAGCACUGUUCAGUAUUCAACCGUAGUGCCCAGUGGUUACCGGGAUCAGAUACCUGCUGUGCAAGUCUUUUCCAGGUCUGAGUCUACCCAGCCUCUGCUAGACUCAGAAGAAAGGCCAGAGGACCAGCAAGUGCUGGGAAGUGACAACUCAACACCAAGGCAUCACUAUUUCAAACAGAAUGCUAAUUGGAAUGAUGCGGUCCCUGAGGGGUCUCACUUUGACAAAGUAACACAGAUUUCUCCAAUAAAUGAAGAAGAUACCACUGGGCAUCAGGCCUCACAAACAUGUCACUCUGGCCCAGAGAGAGAUGAACAGGGGGCUGCCUUAGCAGGAGUUUUCCACCCAAGCCCAGAGGGACCAUCUGUGCAGCUUGAAGCCAUGAGAAUAAAUAUAGUGACUGAUGAUGAGAUGCCAAAGUCUUAUCUACCACAGACUGUAAGACAGGGUGGCUACAUGCCCCAGUGAAAAGGAAAGACUGUCCCCUGGUAGGCCUUCCUCAGAUACUGUUGCAUCACUGGUUCUGAUCGGUUAAACUGAUGUUUCUGAAUCUUGCCUCAGAUUUAUUUGUGGAAGAAAAUGGGUAUGGAAAUCUUAAACAGGCAUUUCCAGACAUUCUUAAUGAAAUAUUUCUUCAAGCACUACAUUUUGUUCACCUUCCUCAUGCCCUUCUGUUUUGUUCUGGGACAUCCUACUUCAUUUUAAGAUGGAAUGGAAGGCAGUCCUCAUUCUGUUGCAGACAUAAAGAAGAUGACUGACUGUGAAUACCUCCUUUCACAUAGACUAUGAAAACAUUACAUAAUUUAAUUUUGAAUGUUCUGUUUUCUUUAGGUUAAUGUUAAUUUUCAAAAAUAAAAAUGCAGUACUUUUAUGGUGAAUGGAUUACCUUAAAAAUCAUCCAGAGACCAACCCCUCUGUCCUUCUGUGGCCAAACAUAAUGGCUUAAGGCAGAAUUUAAAUCUUAAGACUAUGGUCUAAGACGUUCCCUGACUGUCUGCAAAGGCUUCUUUCCUUUGAAGGGGGAUCACCUCCUCAGGGUGCUCUAUUUGUCAUUAAAGAACUAUAAACCAAUGGAGUAGAAUAUUUCUCCUCUCUUUGGACUCAAGACUGCUUCAAAACGGUAUUAAUAAACUGAAUGCCAGUAUUUUAUGCCUUUCCUAUCUUGCAGUUGGAGCCAAUUCUACUCAAAUUUAAAUAUGAUAUUUAGAAUUCAAACCUGUAAAGUACCCAGAAAAUCUGUAUGUGCACUUUUUUUCUUUUACUACUUGGUCAUGGUCUCUGUGAAUCAAACAAAUGGGUCUUUGUACCUGCAGGAGCAGGAACAGGGUUCCCAUCAAAACUGCUUUGCUUCAAAGGGUCCCAAAGGAGAUGCUAUGCAGGCACAAACAACCAUUCAUGUGCAUUCAUAGAUGACCACUCAAAGAACCACAAUGACAGGUAAGCCUGUUCUUUUACCAGAUGAGCCUUGGGUCAAGUAACUAUAUCCUCAUUAAUAUUGGAUAACAGAAUUAUAGGGCAAACAUAUUAUGGGUAGAUAUUUGUUGGUCUGUUACUGAAUGGCAAUACCAGAUACGUGUAUUCCCUGCAGUCAUUAUGAAUACCUUGUGUAGUGUAAGGAAGCAGUGUGGUCACUAAGAAGAGGACACCAAGAAGAAUUGCAAUUUUGCUACUUCACAUAGAGAAAUGCUUUUGCUGAAGACAUUUUUGUGAACCUUAAAAAUCAUCUGGGACAGUUGAACCUCACUUGCAAGUUGACUGAAUGUUUCACUUUUUACGUAUUAAUACGUUGAGGCUUGUUCUAAAGAAAUCCAGAAACACUACAACUGUUUGACAAGAAAUAACGUUUUAUUUGAUUCUUUCUCAACAAUUUAACAAUGUGAAACUCUAAUAUUUUAAAGUCUCAGUGGCUAGAAAAUGAUCAUGAUUCUAGAGUUGUGAUGCCUAGUCAGUAAGCUGUCAGCUCAGGGGGUAGCUGUAAAUAAUUCAAAUAUUUCCAAAGGUUCAGCUAUGUUCAUGAGUAAAUAUAAGAAUUUGUGCCAUUCGAGUUCUUCUCCUGCCUAGAUAUACUACUACUUACAUGUCAGUACUACAAGUCUCAAUAAUACCACUUGCAUGUUUUCUAAUAUUUUCAUCUGGGUGCUUAGAAGUGUAAUGAAUGCUAACAUAUGUUCUGGUUUGGCUGUUCCUCAAAAACAACUUUUCAAGUUUGCCUUCUGUUUGCUGGAGUUUCUGAUCUUUAUGCAAAGUUUACAUAGUUAAGCCUCUAUAAAAUAUUAUUCAUUAAGAGACUUUUCUAGCACAGGCCCUGAUAAAAUAAAUGGACGCUGCUUAGUGGCAAAUCAACAAAACCAAGUUCAAUUGUGGCCUUAAUGUAAUGGACUAUCUGCUUUAACAGAGAAUCUUUUUGGCAAAAUAUGUUUGUCUUGUCACUUGUUUUGAUAACUAACUCUAAAGUGAGAGAGCUGCAUGAUAAAUGUUUCCAAACAAAAUUAGCAUCACAUGCAUUGGAAGCCAUGCUGUCCAUUCUAUAUAUUCAGAGCAUUUUGAAAGAUGGUUUUGCAAUCAGCAAAUUACAUUUUAAUGUGAUUUUCUGUGAACGUCAAAUUUUCUACCUUGUAGCAAGCUUAAACAAAUUUUAAAAAAUCAGGUUUAUACAAAUAAAAAAACUUAAUAUUGACCGUCAGCUAAGCUUCUCAUCUAGUGGCAGUGCUAUGGAAGCUUUGUGCUGAGUACUUUUUUAAAGAAAUGUGACAUGUCUCUGUAAUAUCUUCCCCUGGCAAUUUAGCUUGUCUCAAAAUUCUGUGCACUUCUGUUUGCCUUAUCAAUUGAAAUGUAUAUUAUCUCGAAUUAUUACGAAGUAGUGUUGCUUGCCAUUUAUUCAUGCUAAGUGUCUUAUUUAUUGACAAUGCGGGAGGUAAUGGAUGUUUUUUAUCAGCUCAAGAAGGUGAAAAUCUACAGUGCAAAACCUAUACUUAUCUAGAUGGAAGGAACUGCUGUUGAUUUUAGUGACACUUGUAUGUAAGUUGAAUAUAAGAUUGAAUCCUUAACGUUGCAAUCAGUAAGAACGCACAUUUCAGUAAACAUGCCAUGAUUUCAUUUUGAGCUCUAAUGGUUACUGCAUUUUGGCCUCUCAAGAAUUAUCUGGACUGAAACAAUUCCAAAUUACAUUUUGUUGUGUAUAAGAGGUAAAAAUGAGAUAUACUUGAGUGUUGCUUCAGGAGGAACCCGUGUUUACGUCUUGCCUUUUUAAAAUUCCUAUCCGUGACUUCACCAUGUUGCCUCCCUCCAAAAGGUGGGGAGAAGGAUCCCCUAAAGGAGAACAGGAAUGUUAAAAGCAAAGCUGCAUUGACGUUUUAGAAUCUUUCUUCUGUGGUCAUUGAGUUUGUUUUGUCAGAUGAGAAACCAAAUCUUUCAGAUGUCAAUAUAUACAUUAUAGAUUAAUGGAAAGUUGCUGAACAGAAGUUUAUUGUAAAUUAGUAGGUUGUUCAGUUCCUAGAAAACAAUGAACAAUGGGGCUGUAAUAGUACAUUUAUGAUGGUAAAACAGCAGUGGCCUGAUGAGCAAAUGAUUUGUUGGAAGUUAUGAGUUACAAUUGACACGUAAAUAUCAAAUAUUGAUGGUUUCUAGCACUGAAAUACCUUGAUAUUACAAAUACCUCACUAGAUGGAGUAAAAAAUUUGGCUCAGUGAUAUUGUGUCCUUCAGAUCACAAUUAAGGAAAACAACAUAGGGCUAGUCAAUGAUGGUUGCAGAUUGCCUGUGGAUCAAAUCCAUUAGUGGUAUCUUUAUUACUAUUUUUGAAGUAUAUGGGAUGACAGUUCAUGAUAGCAGAGAGGAAGGGAUCAACAAAAUAAAGUUUGGCAAUACUGGAGAAUCACUGUGGGAAACACAGUUGAUGACAACAAUAUAUCAUAGCAUCUUUGUGAAAUGAGUGAAAACACAAUACAUGCUUCAAAAAUUUAAAGAUUCCUUUGAUUGGUUCAAAAGCCAGUUUCUGAAUAAUAAAAAUCUACCUAUUUUGUCA